UUUGAUGCCUAGAAUUCACACAGAGCUAGCAAGGAAUUUACCAAACAGCGAUUCCCAAACGAUCCAGGCACGGUUUCAAGGUAUUAUUUGGUCAUUUUAGGUCAGAGCUGCAUAAUUUUGACUCCAUCUAGAUUUUGCAUUUAAAUAAUUCAAUUACGUCCACGAGAGAUCGUAUGCGAAGAAAAUGAAAUUUUCUGUGUGGGCACUGUAACAAUUCCUAGAGCCCGAGAGUAAUUUUCGGCGUCUUGUGUAGCAAGUGACCGAUAAUGAAAAACGGAUUGGCUGACGGCAUCAGUUGAAGGAUUUGGUCAAGGAGAUCCAUCGAGGCAAACGGUGAGUGCAAUCAAAGUAUUUUGGGGAGGAAAAAGACAACUUCUCAUGUAUACUUCAAAAACAUUUUGUGUUUUUAGCGAGUUUGCGAGCACUGUUAGUAUUUUCCCUUUCGACGAAUUGCAAUUGUGUUAAUUUCUUUCGAGUCCCUAUUCGACCAAUCGAAUCUUGUUUAUGUUCCCGAAAAGUGAAAAGAGCGUGUGCUAAUUGAUGUUCUCUCUAAUAUUUCCAGAAGUUUGAGAAAAAGUCUUCAUUUUCAAUAUUCUCAACACCAGAUGGACGUCUAAUGCAUUACGGACAACCGCUUGUCUGUUAGCGUUCCUCACUCGCGUAGCGGAUGGAUUUCACGGCAAAAAUUGGUGGUUUUUUUCGCAGUAUUAUUAACCCAGAGGGUGAAACUCAAAACACAGACAAAUCAGCACAGGAAAAUAGGUAGGAAAUCUUACAUAAGGUGUAAGAUUAUUUUCAUUGUAACCGUGAGCCUGUUUUCAUAUUCAAUUGCGUUCUUUAUGUCGGUUGUCGAAUAUGAUAGGGUGGGGUUAGGAAUUCCGCCGCAAAGAAUUUUCUGCCCUCGGUUUGAUUAAACAAAGUGGAUGCACGCGGAAAAUCAGGAAUUAGAUGGCUAGAAAAUCCAAAAUAAAUUAUUGAAACGUGACUAAAAGUCGAGUGUUUGGCAUGUUUUGGUUGUAAAGAGCGCGCGAGAGCGCAGAAUAAUUUUAAAACACAAGGACAGCUGUUGGCAAUAAUUGUAAAGUCAAAUUCAUUGCUUAAGAAUAUUUUGGCUUUUUAGUCAAUAGGAAGCCACCAGGUUUGAUAAAGUUGACAAUAGAAAGAAGUUAAUAUGUUUGAAUAUAGCAUUUUCAAGUAAAGAAAGAAGAAACGCCAAUUUUAUUAGGCACUGAGGGAAAAUUCAACUGAAAUUCAGGCUGACAAAGGCGAGCUUUAUCGAAAUAUUAUUUAACGAACGAAUGCAGAACACGGAAAACAUACAUAAUUGACCGAGCAAAUGUUUUAAUUUCGUACAUGCAUGAAAGCAUCUUAAAUGAGUCGGGAACCAAUCAGGGAAGCGAAACGUGCCAGCAAAUAAACAGAACUGGAGCAUUAAGAGUUUAGUAGACAAAGAUGAAGCAACGAUUCUAUUUGUUCCAAGCCAUCUUCCUGGGGUCUGUUUUGCUAAUAUGUCGUAAUUGAGGCCUCGGAUAUGAAUGUAGUUCGUGUUAAAUUUUUCAUAUGUCCUUUGCCAUUGUUUCGCUGUUGUCUGCAUUUCAGGCAAGCAUCCAGCGACACAAAACAGGGAGAAGAAGAGGGAGACUUCGACGAGCGUGAUGCGGAGUAUCUAGACGAUGACGACGAGGAAAACACAACAGCGUUUCUCACGCGAAAUAGUUCCUUACCGCUACCUAGUAAGUCCAAACAAGACUCGUCGUCUAACGCCUUGGCCUUACAAGUGCCUAACACGGCAAUUAAACGCAGAAACACCCUCGCUGGUACCCCAAGUUUCGGCCUAAGUAGUCUAACAAAUGGCAGAUCGGCACCCAGCGUGGUCGCGCGCACGAAGCAAAGCUUAGAAACCAGUAGUAUCGUGUCAGACGACGAGACGGUUCGUGGAAGCUCAGCGCGAAGAGAGUUCGGGGGACUUCCGACAAGAAGUCGGAGCGAAACUCCGCGAGCAUUUGGUGGCGGUACGCCCUCCAAGAGGAUAUCAACCUCAAGUUCUGUGUCUGACUGGAAUAUGGAUCAAACAGUACGCGGAGUUGGUCGGCUUCAUGUCGUACUUGACUUCACCAUGCACACGGCUAAGCUGUCUGUAACUGUAACAAAAAUAGAAUUUCCACCUUAUCACCAAAGGGAUACUUCUUUGUUAGAAGUGAGCGUCAUGCUGUUGCCGGGAAAACGGCAAAGUUUUCGAACAAAACCGAGAGACUUUAAUGAACCCAUGGCGAUGUAUUUGUUUCCCAAGGACAAGAUCAAGGAUAUGUCGCUGAGAUUUCGCUUGUAUGAACAAGGCACUAUGGGCUCUAAGCAUUUAUUAGGCGAAGGAACGCUACGGCUUCGUUCGGUGGACUUAGAUUCUGAAAUGAUUCCCGCAUGUGUUGAUUUACAGCCUCCCGGAUCGUAUGUUCCGGAAGCUGCUUCGGGCGCGAUCAUGUACGAAGGAGAGCUAGCCAUCUCCGAAGAAGAUCGGCCCGAGAUUUUACUGUCCUUAGAAUACCGCCCCAUUACGGGAAAGCUUCUUCUGGAAGUUAUCAAGACAAGAAAUUUAGGAAUGUUGACUGACUCAAAAGCACGAGAAACAUAUGUCGCAGUGAGGGUUGUUAAAAGCACUGGAGAGUUAAUCAGCAAGAGUAAAACUACUCCAAGACGGCAUAUGAUAGACCCCGAAUAUAAUGAAAUGUUUUUAUUCCAUGUUCCAGAGCAUGAGCUCAACUCAGUGACAGUUUUACUGACUGUUACGAGUAUUACGGCGCGCACGCUGGCGCUGAAAAAACAUCGAUUUGGUCGUGUGUGUCUUGGGCAGAAUUACAGCAGCGAAGAAGAAUUGCGGCAUUGGUAUGAAAUGACUCGACGGAAAGAAAAAUCCAUCGUGGCAUGGCAUAGAAUUAAUGAAAUUUAGGGACAAUAUUGAUACACCAAACAAGAACUAUGGCAAGAUCAUCAGUUUAUUUAAUACGUUUUACAAGAACAAGUCUGCAUUUCCAAAACGUUUCAAUUAGUACAGCCGUUGGUUCGCACAUUAUUGUAUUAGGGACGUUGUUUAUAUAUUUUCCAAGUGUUGUUGAUCCGAUUCACCGACAGGCAAAUAGGUUAGUGGAAUGUUAAUACUUAUGACUGAAUUAUCCCAGAAAAAAAUUCACGGGAAGAAACAAUUUUAUAAAAUUAUUUUUAACCCCAAAAGGGUCUGUUCCCGAAUCAAGGUGUUAAUAAGUUUGAACAUACUUGUGAAAGUUUGUGUAUCUUUUAGAGCAGACAAAUAAAAUGAAACCACGC